AUGGACGACCUGAAGAUCUAUACACCUGUCUGGGAAGAUAUGGCGUUGGCCAGAACUGGAAUCCAAAGCCUCUUUGGACAGCUUGGUCUUGAACUCAAUACACGUAAGUGUGCUUCACGAAGUCUAAACUGGGCCUUCACGGCUCAAUUGGACAGUAUACCAAUUCUUGGAAGCAAUGAGUUCUAUAAAUAUCUGGGCGCUGAGCAAAAUGGACUAGUUUGUAUCGGGGACUUAUUUAAUCGCGUUGAAACUGCUGCUUUGGCUUUAGCCAGGAGGUUGUUCUUCAGCGAUCUGACGGUUCGCCAGAAGGUCAAUGGGUACAACCAAAUGGUGAUCCCUAAGCUCAAAUAUGCGUUUUCCUGCGUGAUUUUCGGAGCGGGCAAACUAGGUUCCUUAAAGAAACGGGCAUCCCGUUUCGAUGCUGACAUCCGUAAGGUUAUGGAAGAUUCUCGGUUGAGAUUCCGAACUAACUGUGCGGCUCGGCUCUAUGUCGAUAAAGAGUCUGGAGGGUUAGGCCUGAAGUCGGUUGAAGAGGAGCUAGAUAGGAGCAUCGCUUACACGUGGUGCUACUUGGCCUCGAAUACUGAUCUUCUAGUCCCCUAUCAGCUCUCGGAAAGCCUCCGUUCAAGUAAAAAGAGAUCUCUGACCUCGGAUUUUCUGAAGGUGCUUAGCGCCAACGGAAUUGAGGAAGGAAGGAUCCAAAGGACGUCUAUAGCUGCGAUUAAGGUAGAUAACAACACGUUUUUCCAUGCAACUGAUGCUGCGCGUGCUGUGGCCGAGCUGAUUCGGGCCAGAUGGGCGAAAGUCCGUCUGACGGCUUGGAGAAGCAAGGCUGUGGCUAGUCGUGUCAUACAGGAGCAAGGACGAAAUAGGGAACAGCCCACUGGUUUAUGCCUCAAGGAUUCAUUCUUGUGGUCGUCCAGAGGGUGGGUUUCAUCAGUAGUCCUAAGGAACGUUUGGUCUGUGCAAGAGGGCUCUUUGCUUACGAAUGGUAGCGCUGCUGGCAGAGUCUGCAAUGCUUCGGCUAGAGGGCUCUGUCGUAUGCGUUGUUCCCCCGAUGCCGUGGAGACAGCAGAGCACAUAGUGUCUUCCUGCGCCCACUGGCGAACUAAUAUCAUGGUGGAACGCCAUGACGAUGUUGCCCGCGUUUUGUAUGCUUCGAUUAGGCGUAAAUACGAGAUCAGGGAAAAAGUGAAUUCAUAUCAGCCCCAUGUGAUUGAAACGCCUCACGUGGUGAUUCACUGGAAUGACCCAAUAUGGUCAAGCGAAGGAUUGGCACAUAACAGACCAGAUAUUCUGGUCUGGGACAAAGUCCUUAAA